UAGACACCGGCCCUUGACUGGCAUCUCACCUCCCACUAAUUUACCCCUCCAGACGCUGGCAAUGUCACAGUACGAUACAGGGUUAUAGCAAUGUCAUCUGAGAUCAAAAUCGCAGUCGCUUCUAACUCCCUAGGAAAGUCCGCCGCAGGACACACCAUCCACCGCAAACUCCAAGCCGCAAAAGCACACGGGUUUGACGGCGUCGAAUUGGCAUUCGAAUGCCUCGACGCUCAUGCUUCGACCUUCACUUCAUUAACGUUUCGGAAGGAGCGUCUCUGUGCAGCUGCCGCUGAUAUCUUUAAAGGCGCGUCCUCGUUGGACCUUGAGCUCAUCGCACUGAACCCGUUUGGAGCGUAUGAUGGGCUCAAGGACCCCAAAGACGUAGACGUGCGUCUCCAAGAGGCGGAACUCUGGUGUCAGCUUUGCCAGAUUAUGCGUAUUGGCAUUUUUCAGAUUUGCACCGCCCUGUACGGGAUUGACGAGAGGAGGAUUACGGACGAUCCAACAAUCAUCGCAGGCAAUAUGCGCAAGUUAGGCCAUCUAGCACAAGGUUAUGGCCUUCGAGUCGCCUACGAAGCACCAUCGUGGGGAAUUCAUAAUAACACCUGGCAGCAGGUGCAGAAAAUCUUAGACCUUGUUAACCUGCCCAAUGUCGGCCACUGCCUAGAUACCUUCCAUAUCGCAUCGCGAGAGGCAGGCGAUCCGUUCAAUCGCGAGUCUCCAAUUCGCCCCGGCGGACUUCCUGCUCUACAGGCUAGUCUCAAUGAGUUGAAACGCACCGUGAAUCCGGAAAAUAUUGUAUACUUCCAGCUGAGUGACGCAAUAGUAGCAGAUUCCAAACAAACGGGGUACCCGCGUCAGGAUCUGGCACAGCCGUCGUUCAUGACCCAGUCACGCAACUGUCGGAUUUAUCCUUGUGAAGAGAAGUACGGGGGCUGUCUUCCGGUUGUUGAUGUGGCGAAGGCAGUCUUUGACUUGGGAUACCGGGGGUGGGUGUCUAUGGAGGUUUUCCAUACCGACAUGUGGGAGACGCGUACCUCGUGAGUUUUUGGCCUUUCCACCUGGCGCAUCUACAAGUACUAACAUAAAUACCAGAGUCCCCGAUGAUUGGGCGGCGAGAGGGAUGGAGUCGUGGAAGAAGCUUGCCCCCCGUUGUGGGUUGAGAUCGAGGCAUAGGCUGUGACCGAUAUUUUUGUCCAAAUCUAAUUAGCCCCAAUAUCUAAACACGUA